AUGUCUGACCCAUCCCUUAAUUCGCACCAUCCCUCUCAAGUUCCACCAAUGCCAUUCGUCCAUGGAACAAAACCUCCUCCACGACUACCUCCUCCUCCUCCUCCUCCUCCUACUUCUCCUCCUCCUACUUCUAGAAGUUCCAUGGCUCGACCACUGCCUCAGGGGAAGUUUUCAAGAUUCCAAACCCACAGCACUUCUAAGGCAACCAUUAGAACCGUUUGGUCAAAGCUUCCAAAAGCUACACCAUUGCCACCAUCUGCACCCUCUCCUAUCAUCAAUUGA